AUGACGGGCCCAGACCGGGCUUCGCUCAAUCGCCGCUCUUCCACGCAGCACUACCAGACCUUCGAUACCCCGCCGCCCAAGUCGCGCGGACGACCUAACUCGGGCCAGUCCGAGUCCUCCGCGGACGGUUCACACGAGCACCAUCAUGAGACCGCUGACUCCACCGGAACAUCAUCGCCACUGCCAAAGAGGCAGAUGGCAGUGCUGGCAAUGAUUGCACUGGCGGAGCAAACAGCAUUGAACUCGAUUAGUCCAUACCUCCCGGACAUGGCAUCGACAUUCCCCGAAGUCGAACCGACCCAGGUGGGCGUGUACGUGGGGACCAUUGCUUCAGCUUUUGCAUUGGCACAAUUUGUUACAAACUAUUUCUGGGGCUGGCUCUCGGAUCGCAUUGGUCGCAAGCCAGUGAUCCUGGUUGGCACUUUUUUGACUGCGCUAUGCUUCAUUGCAUUCGGAUUCUGCAAGACACUAGUACAAGCUAUAGCGGUACAAGCCUUAAUGGGUAUGGUCAAUGGAAACCAGGGGUUGGUGUCCACCUGUCUCGGAGAAAUCACCGACCGAAGCAACCAGUCUCAGGCCUUCACCUACCUACCUGUUCUAUAUGGCAUUGGAGGUAUAACGGGUCCUCUCUUGGGAGGAAUGCUCAUUUUCGAGACUAAUCCUUUUACUGGCGACAAAAACCCAUACCCUUACCUUGCCCCGAACGUAUUAUCUGCUGUGGUGCUUUUGAUGGAUUUUGUAUUGACGGCUAUUUUCCUGGAAGAGAGUUUAGAAGACGCAGAUAGUCUUCCAAAGAUCGGCAAAAAGGUGCGCAACCUGUUUACAUGGCUGUGGCAGUUCACCGGGGAUUCCCGCCACCCGACCUACGUGGAGGUGUCGCAAGGACCCCUGGGUAUUCAUGGCCUACGCGACGCAGAGACCGAGGAUCAUGACAGUGAUCUGGACUCUGCGUCGGAAGUGUCAAGCAUCCAUGGCCACCAUGAAGAACUUACGUGGGACGAAAUCUUCACUCGGGAUACAAUCUUGCUCCUCUUGACAUAUUUGAUAUUUGCUUUCUGCAAUGUUUCCUUCAACUCGCUGUUCCCAAUCUUCGCACAAGCCAAGCCUCCGGCUGGACGGUCCCUCACACCAUCCGAGAUUGGCCUUUCUCAAGGAUUCGCGGGGGUUGUGACGAUCAUCUUCCAAAUCUGUAUUUUCAACCGUCUGCGGGACAAGAUGGGCAACCGAUGGUCAUACCGCGCCGGUCUCUUCGGCUUCGUCAUCUCAUUCAUCUUGAUGCCUUUCAUUGGGUACAAGAGCAAAACUGCGGAUGGGGUGACUAGCAAGUCGGCCAUUAUGGCCAUUGAACUGUGCUUUGUCUUGCUGGUCAAGACUAUUGCCUCGGUGGGCGGUCUGACCAGCGCUCUGCUUUUGGUCACAAACUCCGCACCCAAUCACGCUGUCCUAGGCGCUCUGAAUGGUCUUGCACAGACCCUCUCCGCUGCCGGACGUGCCGUUGGCCCAUUCCUCUCCGGAGGAUUAUUCUCUCUGACAGCCAAGAUUCAGCCCAAGGGAGAAGCCCUGGCAUUUGGAGUCUUUGGAGCCGUCUCCUUCAUUGGAUUCAUCAUGAGCUUCGGUAUCCGUGGUCGCUCACUUGAAGCCGACGGCUGGAGUGAGGAUAGCGAUGGCGACAAGUCCGACGAUGACGAGCCAAAUGGUGUUUGA